UAUCGUCCUACAUUGUGCUACGUUGUUAACGUAAAAAAGUUUGGUUUUAAAACUGUAUGAUUCUACAAUCUACAUUGCUUCUAAAUGAAAUGAUCAUGAUUAGUGCCAUGGAAAAGUUUACUGACAUCGAGAGUUUCCUGUUAAUGUUAGUGUCAAGACCUGAACUAAAUGAACUCAAUCUACUAACGGAUUUGAAGAUAUGUCACAUACAGUUGCCGAAGAGAAAUCAAAUAAUUCUUUUAUCUCCCGCAUUGAUCCUGAACUGGAAUUAAAAGCCCGCCGAACCACUGAGAGAAUCUGCGAAAAUCUCCAUAUUAUCGCGAACGAGCCAAGUCUCGCACUCUACAGAAUCUCUGAGCACGUCAGAAAGGCGCUCCCACCGACUGUUGAGUCCCGGUGUGAAGUGAAACGGCUGAAUGAAGUUCUAGUCGGAGCUCAUUAUGACGCCGAGUAUGGACUACAAUGCGUACAGGCUAUGGCCGACACACUGCCAGUGUUUAGUGAAAUUGAACAGUUGCUGAGAAGAUCGGUUCUUCUUCAGCAGCGGUUCAAAAAUGCUCCUCAGAAGAGGGUGAAACGAGAACAUAGUUCUCUGAUCCAUAGGAUAUCUGUUCAUCUACCCAGCGUUGAUAUUCCUGAUCUAGCAGAGCUAAGAGAUACUGCUAGAGGAUCUCAGAAGGCAGAGGGUUCAGCUACAAAGAACCAAAAACCAACCAAGAAGGAUGUAAAUAUAGAAUCUGUUGUUGAUGUUACUAAACACAUUGGCAACACUCCUUCGAGUGAUUCGAAACCAGACACUUCACUUGUGAGUGAUCAGAACUUAGAAAAAACACUUUUGUGUAAUCAGAAUCUAGAUAAAACUCUUGCUGAAAUAGACCAAGUCCCCAAAAGUGAUCAACAGCCCGGUGAAACAAUCUGUAGUGUUGAAAAGGGUAGUGUAAAUCCUUGAAAAAGGAUUCA